AUGUGGCUCACCGAGCGAGACUACGUCGACGUGCUGCAGAUGCUGACCAAGGAGUUUCGGGAGGCGGUGCAGGGCACCGUCAACGGCUACUUCCUCAACAAGUUCUUUCGCCCGCUCGACCAGGUGCUGCCCAUCAAUGAGCGGCUGCUGAAGGAGCUGGAGCAGCGGGUGCUGGUCGACUGGGACGACAAUCCGAAGAUCUCCGACAUUAUGAUCAAAAUCUGCCCUUUCUUCAAAGAGUACUCCAUCUUUGUGCGCGAGUUUGACCAGCUGAAUCACAUGCUCGACGAGGCGUCGGAGUUGUUUCCCGAUUUUAACGCCGCCCUCACCGCCUUUCAGCGCACUGACCGCUGCAAGAAGCUGUCCAUCAAGAACUACCUCCUCAAGCCGAUCCAACGGCUACCGCAGUACCCGCUGCUGAUUACGACGUACCUGAAGAAGCUAAAGAGCGAUGACCCCGACUACGAGAACACCCAACGGGCGCUGAAGGUGGUCACCGAGGUGGUGGAGCACGUCAAUCGAGAGUCACACCAGGCGGAGAAGGCGCUUAAGUUGGCCGAGCUGAAGAACCGAAUCAUCUCCAAGACGCCGGACGCCAUUGUCAAGCCGGGGCGGGAGCUGAUCAAAGAGGGGCCGCUGCUGAAGAUCUCGAGGAAGGAGGUGCAGGAGCGUUACUUUAUUUUGUUUAACGACGCUCUACUGUACCUGGUGCCGGUGAUGAACGAGAUGAUCCGCCUCAAUGAGGAGUUUCCUCUGGACGGCAUGGAGGUGGACAUUAGCAAUCAGUCGGAUCGGGAGUUUGUCAUUCGCUCCAUGCGACGCUCCUUUGCGCUGAUGGCUCGUAGCAAAGAUGAGAGGGCAGCCUGG